AGGCCGCCGCCGCCGCCGCCUUCGCAGAAGUGACCACAGUGACUGUGGCGAAUGUGGGGUCCUCUGCAGAUAACGUCUUCACAACAUCAGUGGCAAAUGCGGCUUCGCUAUCAGGACAUGUACUGGCAUUAGCAUCCAAGAUGCUUUCAGUAGCACCUGUGUCCUUAACCAGACUUUUUGUGGUCUGUUACACCACCCUGCUUUCUAUGCGAAGUCUUCAGAAACUGGGCAUGUUCUUAGACAAAGCAGACUUCCUCAGAGUCCAGAAAGGAACUUCUGGUAGGACAGCCCUGCAGAUCGGGGACAGCCUGAACACUGAGAAAGCCACGCUAAUAGUUGUACACACAGAUGGGAGCAUUGUGGAGACCACUGGGCUGAAGGGCCCAACAGCACCUCUCACCCCAGGUCCUCAGUCUCCUCCUACCCCACUGGCACCUGGCCAGGAGAAAGGUGGCACCAAGUACAACUGGGACCCUUCAGUGUAUGACAGUGAGUUGCCAGUGCGCUGUCGGAACAUCAGUGGCACGCUCUACAAGAGCAGGCUUGGCUCAGGUGGGCGGGGUCGGUGUAUCAAGCAGGGAGAAAAUUGGUACAGCCCAACUGAGUUUGAAGCUAUGGCAGGAAGAGCCAGCAGUAAGGACUGGAAGAGAAGCAUCCGCUAUGCAGGCAGACCCCUGCAGUGCCUCAUCCAGGAUGGUAUUUUGAACCCCCAUGCUGCCUCCUGUACCUGUGCUGCCUGUUGUGAUGACAUGACUCUACUUUACUUUUCUCCCCAGAGUGGCCCAGUCAGGCUCUUCGUACCUUACAAAAGGCGCAAGAAAGAGAAUGAACUACCCACAACUCCAGUCAAGAAGGAUUCCCCCAAGAACAUCACGCUGCUUCCUGCCACAGCGGCCACCACCUUCACUGUGACACCCUCAGGACAGAUCACUACCUCUGGAGCACUAACCUUUGACCGAGCAUCCACUGUAGAGGCCACUGCUGUCAUCUCUGAGAGCCCAGCUCAAGGUGAUGUCUUUGCAGGAGCCACAGUGCAAGAGGCAGGUGUGCAGCCCCCCUGCAGGGUUGGCCACCCUGAACCCCACUACCCUGGUUAUCAGGACAGCUGCCAGAUUGCCCCGUUUCCAGAAGCUGCAUUGCCAACAUCACAUCCCAAAAUUGUUCUGACAUCCCUUCCUGCCUUGGCUGUGCCACCCUCGACCCCCACCAAAGCUGUUUCUCCUACCGUGGUCAGUGGGCUGGAGAUGUCAGAACAGCGGAGCUGGCUGUACCUGGAAGAGAUGGUCAACUCCUUGCUCAGCACAGCCCAGCAGCUGAAGACACUGUUUGAACAAGCCAAGCAGGCAAGCUCUUGCAGGGAGGCUGCUGUGACACAGGCCAGAAUGCAGGUUGAUGCAGAGCGGAAAGAGAAAUGCUGCAGAAUUAGUACAGAGAGUCCCUGUGACUGUCACAGGCUGUCCUCCAUGAGUGUGUCAAUCAUAACCCCUUUGACCUGCCUCUGAACGCAACUGCCAGCUCCACACUCUGGAGAAUAUGGCAGGUCAUCUAUUGGACAUGCUCAGGCUACCUCUUCUCACAGUGGAACCGACAGGACGCUGCAGCAGGAAGAACACAUUCUAUCUUACCACAUCCCUGUAUUCAGUGGCAGUCCUUGCAGCCUGGACUAGGGUGUCUGCUAUUGUUUGCUCUUCUCCCUCUGCAGACCUGGUCACUGAGCAAGUUCACUUGGGGCUCUCCCGGACAGGAAUCAGGA